CUCGAUAAGCGGCCCGCGAUAAGCACUGGAAAUUUCUAUAGAAGAGACAUUUUUUUCUCGAUUUCGGAAAGACAUCAUGACCACUUACACCGAUAAAGGACUCCAACCUGUUGGAGGAAAAUUCCUUAGUUUCGAUCACAUCAGAUUCUGGGUCGGAAAUGCGAAACAGGCUGCCAGUUUCUAUCGAUGCAGAAUGGGGUUCGAACCGUUUGGAUAUCGCGGCUUGGAAACAGGCUCCAGACGAACAGCCGCACACGUUGUCAAACAGAACAGAAUCAUAUUCGUGUUCGAGUCUCCGUACGAGCCGAAUAAUGAAGAAAUGUCGGACCAUCUUUCUCGACAUGGAGACGGCGUGCGGGACGUAGCGUUCAACGUUGAAGAUAUUGACACCAUUAUGAAAGUUGCCAAGAAAAGAGGUGCCGAAGUAAUGCGUGAUAUAUGGGAGGAAAGCGAUGAGUACGGUACUGUGAGGAUGGCCACUGUGAAAACUUACGGUGACACGCUCCAUACGCUCAUCGAUAGGACGAGAUACAAGGGCUUCUUCCUGCCGGGUUUCGCGAGGGCAUCGGAUGACAUUCUUCUUAAACAAUUGCCGCAAAUACAUUUGAAUUUCGUGGACCAUGUCGUAGGUAAUCAGCCUGAUAAACAGAUGGAACCCAUUGCGAAAUGGUACGAAGAAUGUUUACAGUUUCAUAGAUUCUGGUCAGUGGACGAUACGCAGCUGCACACGGAAUAUUCCGCGCUACGAUCCAUCGUGAUGACGAAUUGGGAAGAGACGGUCAAGAUGCCGAUCAAUGAACCCGCGCCGGGGAAGAAGCGCUCCCAGAUCCAGGAAUACGUCGAGUAUUAUGGCGGCGCCGGCGUGCAGCAUAUCGCUCUUAAUACCAGUGACAUUAUUACGGCGAUAACAAAUCUGCGCGCCAGAGGAAUGGAGUUUCUCGAUGUGCCCGAUAGUUAUUACGACAUGCUCAGGAACCGCCUGAAAAUCAGCGGCAUGGAAAUCGUGGAGGACUUGAAUACACUGCAGAAAUUAAAGAUAUUAAUAGACUACGACGAGAAUGGUUAUCUUCUACAAAUAUUCACGAAAAAUAUGCAAGACCGACCAACAUUAUUCAUAGAAGUCAUACAAAGACGUAACCAUAACGGCUUCGGUGCUGGCAAUUUCCAAGCAUUGUUCGAGGCGAUCGAACUGGAGCAAGCAAAACGCGGGAAUCUGUAGAAUAUCAACAUUGCUAAUAUAUUUAUAAAAUUAAUAUGAAAACCAUUAUCCGACAUAAAGUAAUCCUAUAAAAGAGCGAA